CAAGCAUCUGGCGCGUAUUAUCGCUCAUGUCUAGCAUUUGCCGUGACGAACAAUGGAUAAACUAUUGUGAUGCCAGCCUGAUUUUAUUGAGAAGAUGCGAAGAUUUUUGUGGGGUUAAGUGGACAUGGUUUAGGGGUUUUGACACAUUUUUAUCAUCUGAAAUUUCUUUGAGUGCUGUAGCAAUAAUGGUUUGAGACGUUCUUCGUUUCUACACGUCGGGUGGAGUGAACUGAACUUCAUCGGUUUGUUUCUCCACCUCCGGCAGUUCUAUGCGGAUACUAACUCCAGACAUGGGAGACUCUGUGUUCUUCGACAGACACAUUUCUCACGUUGGUGACUUCACCUGGAACAGCAUGUCAGGGCGAAGUGUACAUCUGAAGCCUGUGCCCAUCCAGAGUCUCUCAGAGCUGGAGCGGGUUCGCCUGAAAGAAGUGGCCUUUAAUCGCCUGCAGCAGGACUAUGACCUGGGCUGCCAGAUUGCCAUUCCUAAAGAUGGACAGAAGCGUAAAAAGUCAUUAAGGAGGAAGUUGGACUCUCUAGCGAAGGAAAAAAACAAAGACAAAGAGUUUGUUCCGCAGGCCUUUGGUUUGUCGCUGUGGCAGGUGAUAGCGAACGAUCGCUCUCAUAAGCAGAGGCAGGAGUCCCAGCGUGGGGAGCACAGGGACCCCACAGACCUGGUCUCGUCCAUCUUGCAGUUUGCCAUUAAGAGGCCCAACAAGGAGCUCUCCAGCAGCACCUCCUCCCUCAGCUCCACCUCCGAGACUCCCAAUGAGUCCACUUCACCCAACACACCCGAACCAGCCCCUCGUGCCCGCCGACGGGGUGGAAUGUCUGUGGAUUCCAUCACUGACCUGGAUGACAAUCAGUCUCGCCUCCUUGAAGCCCUGCAGCUCUCCCUGCCGGCCGAGACACCCAACAAAAAGGAAAAGCACCGGGACAAGAAGCUUAGCCUCAACCCCAUCUACAGACAGGUUCCACGUUUAGUGGACAGCUGCUGCCAGCACCUGGAGAAAUAUGGUCUUCAAACAGUUGGGAUAUUUCGGGUUGGAAGUUCAAAGAAAAGAGUGAGGCAGCUGCGGGAGGAGUUUGAUCGGGGCGUGGACGUUGUGUUGGAUGAGGAGCACAGUGUGCAUGAUGUCGCUGCCCUGCUGAAAGAAUUCCUCAGAGACAUACCUGACCCCCUACUGACCAAAGAGCUUUACACUGCCUUCAUCAACACUAUGUUGCUGGACCGUGAGGAGCAGCAGGCCCCCAUCCAGCUGCUGAUCUACCUGCUGCCGCCCUGCAACAGCGACACGCUGCAUCGCCUGCUGGAGUUCCUGUCCACAGUGGCCAACCACGCCCAUGACACCCAUGACACAAACGGACAGGAGAUCACAGGGAACAAGAUGACGUCCCUGAACCUAGCCACCAUCUUUGGGCCCAACCUGCUGCACAAGCAGAAGAGCUCAGAUAAGGAGUUCUCUGUCCAGAGCUCUGCCCGGGCAGAGGAGAGCACGGCCAUCAUCGGCGUGGUGCAGCGCAUGAUCUCCACCCAUGAGGCCCUCUUCAUGGUUCCCCCCGACCUGCAGAACGAGGUACUGAUGAGCUUGUUAGAGACUGACCCUGAUGUGGUGGACUAUCUCUUACGGAGGAAGGCCUCACAGUGGUCUAGCCCAGAUCUGCUGAGGUCAGACAUCCCAUUCUCUCUGAGUGAGAGACACUCCUCCAGUGAUUCUAACAAGGCAUCCAGCGGGGAAGUGUCCCCUUAUGAUAACAACUCCCCUGUGCUGUCAGACCGACUGCUGCCCCAGCAAAGGGAGGGGAGCCCACGGGUUGACCACCUGUUCCGUGUCCCAGAGCAGUACAUGCUGGUUAGACAUGUCAAAAGCUGUGCCAAGGAGACCCCACCCCCACAAUGGACUGUCACGGACUCCAUGGAUGAACAUGCAAAUAUUUGGGGGGCGUGGCACGCGACCCUUAAGUCAGGACUGAAGGAUCAGCAGCUUGCAGGCUCUCAUGGGAGCAUGUCUGAUUGCGGAUCCUCCAGCCCAUCAGAGGGGCUUCCAGGUUACCUAGGCAACAGAAAACAGCCAGUGCGCCGGACACAGACUUCGUCGGGCGUGGCUGAGUGUAGGCUGCACCCCCCAGUCACACGUACCAGCAGCAGUCCUCAGGCAGAGGGCAGGCGCAGAUAUCUCCAGCUGAGCCUGGACACACCAUCCUGCCAUCUCGACAGCCAAUCAGCAUCCAGCAGCAUGGAGGACCUCCAACAGAGAAGUGGCAUCUCUGCCAGCCUAGCCUAUAAAGCCACUCCUGCACACAGAGUCGACAGCAGGCCUCCACCCCCCUACCCUGGACCCUCCAAAUUAUCCCUUGCUGUGACUUUGCCCCCCUCCACACACAAGCAUGGGUCUCCUGCCCCUCAAUCUCGCAUGGCAGGCCCUGAGUGGCAGGACUGGCAGAGGGAGAGAUGGCAGAUCUGGCAGCUCUUAUCUUCAGACAACACAGACACGCUGCCAGAGACACUGGUGUGAGUCCAGUCCACUCCAAACACUGCACUCUGUCUGAGACAGUGCCCCCUGUGGCAGGAUACAUGUACAGCUGGUGCCUACAAGCGUGUAACUGUUUCAGUUUUUCUUUUCUGUUUGUUAAUUUUUGUGUGUGUGUUUUACAGUUAAUGCUGAGCUUUGCUUUUGUGUUAAUGUAUGCUCUCCACUAGAGCCCGACUGAUAUAGGAUUUUUAAGACUGAUACCGAUUUCGAUAUUUGAGGAUUUAUAAAUCUGAUAAUGACAUA